UGGAUUUAAAUUUAAAGAUGGGAGCAGAGGCCUUGAAAGGUACUCGUCCGAAUAGGCAUUUCAUGCUCAGCCAGCCAUAAAUCCCGUCACUAUGCCGUUCGACAGCGACCUCUCCAUUGACGCGUCUAGGUUUCAUCCCGAGAGCGUCAGCGACGAGACCAGGAAGAUCAACGCCUUCCUCACCGACAUUACCAUCAGGAGUCCGCGAUGGUAUGAGGUGGGCAUCGUCAAGUACCGGCAGAUGCACGAAGCGGGCGAAACACCGUUGCCCGCGCCUGUUUACCUACCAGAGGCGGAAGAUGCGACGGUGCCCUCGCGCGAUGCCGAUCGCUUGAUCCCGCUGCGCGUGUACCGGCCGGACAAUGGCGCGCCUAGUCAAGGCCUACUCCUCCAUUUUCACGGCGGCGGCUUCGUUCUGGCGUCGCACAAGCACUUCGAUAGCACCUUGCAGAUGUACGCCAACAGAUGCCAGGUCAUCGCCAUCUCCGUCGGUUAUCGACUCGCGCCCGAAAACCCCUACCCUGCUGGCAUGUAUGACUGUCUUGAUGCCGCCGAGUAUCUGAUCGACCAUGGGGAAGAAGAACACGGGGCUCCGCUUCGCUUCUUGGCUGGAGAGUCCGCUGGUGGCUGUCUCGCGGCCCUGACCGCAUUCCACUUGAUGCGCUCCCGCGCAAGUCACCGGCUAGCAGGCGUGAUUCUUCCUUACGGCGAAUUUGAUGUCUCUUUGAGCUUACCCAAGGUUAUGUCUUUUACUGAGCCACUCAUGAUCAAUUUUGCCGCCCUGCAGCGGUUCAAUGAUGCAUACGCUCCUGGCAUGAGCACGGCUGGGCGCAAACAUCCUCGCGUGUCGCCAUUAUAUGAAGAUAUGCAGGCAUUGGCCGCGGCGUCGCCACACCAGUCGCUGCCACCAGCACUGUUCCUCUGUGGCACCGAGGAUCCUUUGCUUGACGACACGUUGCUCAUGAGUGCCAAGUGGAUCAUUGCCAACGGCGAGGCAGUUGUGAGAGUCUUUUCGGGAGCACCCCAUGGGUUUACCUUGCUUGCAGGGACACGGAUGGCUGAGGAGGCAGCAGAGCUGAUAGUUCAGUUUGUGCAGGAGAAGUUGGCGGCUGCUGUGGCAUAUUAAAAAUUGAAACUGAUAGCCUUUGUUGCUGAAUCAAAAAGCUUGCCAAAGAUCUUCUCAUAUAAAUAAUAGAAUAGUGCCUCCGUUUGCUUAAAGCGUAUAAUUAUUAUCUAGCAUAGUACCUAGACCAACUCUUACGACUUCGGAGGUCAUUAGCAUCACCUUUAUUUAUAGUAUAUACUCGAUUAUUUAUAUUCAUUAGACUUCUUAAGAGAUUAGAAAAACAUUCAAGCUAAUAAGAUUACUUUCUCAGCAUUAGACUAGAAGGAUUGUUUCUUAGAUAAAUCACAGUCUGUACCUCUAUAAAAGUUUUUUAUAAGGAGAAAAUAUAGGGAAAAAAAGAAAAACAGGGCAAAAGGCUUUCCCAACACACCGGCAUAACAUUAAUUAGACGGUCGCUGAUUUCCAAACUCCUUAUUGAAACGACUCUCAAAUUGAGUACUCUCC